UGGCCCGUCGCUCGUCAGGUGAUUCUGAACAAGGGCCACGACAGGGCGGUGGACUACUGGAGUCUGGGGGUGCUCAUGUAUGAACUAUACACCGGAGCUCCGCCGUUCUCGGCCUCGGACCCGAUGAAGACGUACAACAUCAUCCUGAAGGGGAUCGACAUUAUCGACUUCCCCCGGAACAUUCCCAGGUCCGGGGAGCAGCUCAUCAAACGGCUCUGCAGGGACGUGCCCACAGAGAGACUCGGCUACCAGCGGAACGGUGUGGAGGACAUCCGGAAGCACCGGUGGUUCCAGGGCUUCGACUGGGAGGGUCUCCGAUCCCGACAGCUUGCCCCUCCUAUCAUACCACAGGUGAAGGGUCCGACCGACGCGUCCAACUUCGACUGCUAUUCGCGGGAUCUGGAGACACCCCCGGACGAGCUAUCCGGCUGGGACGAGGACUUCUGAUGGCCGCUGGACGCUCUAUAGGUGGCGCUGCGGUCGCCCCUAUAGGUGGCGCUGCGAUCGGCGGUAUAGAGGACGCCACCGUUGCGCGCUCCGAUCGGCGCCCUGCUUCAAGCUCGUGAUUGGGUCGCUGUGGUGCCGUGACGCGGGAAGGGCAGCCGCAGAGCUCAGGUGUUGUAUAGGGAGUUUUGUCCUAAUUUAAAAGCAGACGCACCAAAACACGUGCCUAAUGGGACCGGUGACCGCGACGGCGGCCGCCGGGCUGCUUUCGAGUUUGUGUGUGUUCUCUCACCAAAGAGCGAGAAUGACGAGUUAGUGAGUGACGAGUUAGUGAGUGUGAGUUUCAGUGCUUACAGUGAUGGGUGCUGCGGUCAACAUGUGUAUGUGAUAGUAUGCGCGUGAAAGUGGUUAUCUAUACGUAUAUGGUGCUGUUAGAACCGGAUGAUUGAAAUGUACCGGAUGUAUUCGCUGGCUUGGUGUCAGGCCGCAAAUGUUGAUUGAUGUGAGUCAUUUAUAACACUGGGCUAACGUGUGGGACUGGAGAGACAUGUUUAUUUUUUGAAGUAGUGUCGUGAUAAGCUCCUCUAUAUCGUAUCGUUGACUGGAUGUGUUUUCUAGCUAUCUGGCGUGUGUAAACCUGCCUAGAUCCGGACUGAUUCGGAUAAUUCGACAGGUUUUGUGUCAGAAAGUCGUGGUUUAGGCGUUGUACUAGCGAUAUUUCGCGAGAAGGUCGCUAUCUGGAGGAUUUCUGCUGAUAAAUCCGUGUUCGCCGAUGCCAGAUGGAGACUAGUGGCCAGCUGCGGUAGACGGUUGUUGCACGUGCGGAAUUUUAUCUGCGUGUUUCUGGCGUGAUGGCUGCCGGUGAUUUGCGUCCGAUUUCAAUCACGGUUAAUCCCUAGUGAUGAGUCACCAAUUGUGGGCGUGGUUUCACCCACCAAUCAGUUGCCGUGGUUUUCCGAUGGGAGAUUUUCGUAGCCUGCCUGUUUUAGAUGCGAUAAACUUAAAUUCUGAA